GUGGCCUCCAUUCCCAGGCAAAGCGACGGGAGCACAGAGCCAGCUAGCAGCCGCGAGAAGCAGCCAGCUCGCUCGCCGCGCCCGCCGCCUUCUUCCUCGCCUCCGUUCCGCCGCGCCGUCUCUACGGUUGCUAAGCCGCCGCCGCAUCCAGGGAUGGAGAUGAAGAAGAUCGCCUGCGCCGUCCUCUUCGCCGCCUCGGCCACCGUGGCGCUCGCCGCGGAGGCUCCGGCUCCGGCCCCCACCAGCGGCUCCUCCGCCGUCGCACCCGCCGUCGGCGCCGCACUCGGGGCCGCCGUGGCCUCCUUCUUCGCCUACUACAUUCAGUGAGCCGGCCGGCCGCGCCCAGAGGGAGGAGGAGGAGGAGGAGGAAGAGACGAAGGGGAGGAGACAUGGCUGCGCUGAUCCCAACACGCGCGCGCAUUCCGAUGCGUGGGCGUGUUCUGAUUCGACACUCCUUUGUCUUCGUUUCUUUGUUCUCUUCCUUAAUUUAACGAAUUCAUUGAUGCACCAAGUUUAAUUUGGUGCCUUGUUAUUUGUUCGUCCCUUUAGAGAGAGGGAUCGACACUUGUACCAUUGCUUGCCAUUUAUUUGGAUCAAUUCAACAAUUCGAUUUAACCAUCGCGUA